AUGGAGGGUUUGCGAAUGGUUCUGACAGUGUAUGAAGAUGUUGAAAUCAAUCCAGUAGAGAAGGUUUGGAUCAUAACAGCUCAGUGGGAUUGUGCAUCUGUAUUGCAUAGUGGUGCAUUCACUCCAAAAUCUUUCAAUGGGACUUUGUCCUUCUCACUUCAUGCUAAUGAUGUGGCAGAAUAUGAAGAGUUCCUUGAAACUUUAAAUCCUACUCAGUCUAGGCUUUAUUUCAUCCAUCAUUUCUGGUCCAGUGCAUUUAUGUGCUCAUUCCCCCUGUAUAACAUUUAUUCACCAACCUCACAAGAUUGCACUGGGGAAGAGAAGUUGAGGAGCCUCCCUGGAAUUGUGUUUGAAAUGGCGAUGUCUGGUCAGAGUUACAGUAUCUACAAUGCUGUUUAUGCUGUUGCACAUGCUCUCCAUGCCAUGUUUUCAUCAAGAUCUAAGCAGAAGGCAAUAGGAGAUGAAGCCACAUGGAAUCUUCUUAAUGUUCAUCCAUGGCAGCUUCACUCCUUCCUGAAACAAGUCCACUUCAACAAUAGUGCUGGGGAAGAAAUAUUUUUUGAUAAAAAUGGGGAGUUGGCAACUGGAUAUGAUAUCAUUAACACAAUUGCAUUCCCCAAUAAAUCCAUCCAUAGAGUUCGAGUUGGAAUGAUGGAUCCACAGGCUUCUGAAGGGAAAAAGUUCACAAUCAAUGGACGUGCUGUUGUGUGGAAUCACAAGUUCAACCAGAUCCUACCCAAAUCUAAAUGUGUUGAGAGUUGCCAGCCUGGACACAGCAGGAUCAUGCGACAAGAGGAACAGAUCUGUUGCUAUGAUUGUCCUCGAUGCUCUGAAGGAAUGAUUUCAAACCUGAUUGAUGCAGAUCAUUGCAACAAGUGUCCUGAAGAUCAGCAUCCAAACAAGAACCAGGACCAGUGCAUCAAGAAGCAUAUAAGCUAUCUAUCAUAUGGAGAAACCUUGGGAAUAAUUAUAUUUUCCUCUGCUCUUUUGCUUACCCUGAUCACCCUUGGGAUAAUAUGGAUCUUCUUUCAGCAUAAAAAUACUCCCAUUGUCAAGGCCAACAACUGGAACAUCACAUGCACCCUCCUCAAUUCCUUAUUGCUUUGCUUUCUGUGCUCCUUCUUAUUCAUUGGACAGCCUGGGAAGGUGACCUGCCUUCUCCGCCAAACAAUAUUUGGAAUCAUCUUCUCCCUCGCUGUUUCUUGUGUGUUGGCUAAAACCAUCACUGUGAUUCUGGCCUUCAUGGCCACCAAGCCAGGAAACAGGAUGAGGAAAUGGGUCGGGAAGAGGCUGGCAAUGUCAGUCAUCAUCCUCUGUACUCUUAUUCAAACUAGCAUCUGUGCAGUGUGGCUGGCAACCUCUCCUCCCUUCCCUGACUUUGACAUGCACUCUCAGACUGGGCAGAUCAUUGUGACAUGCAAUGAAGGAUCAGACCUCAUGUUUUAUACUGUCCUGGGUUACAUGGGACUUCUGGCCAUCAUUAGCUUCAUGGUGGCUUUCUUUGCCAGGAAGCUGCCUGACACUUUUAACGAAUCCAAGCUCAUCACCUUCAGCAUGUUGAUGUUUUGCAGUGUUUGGUUUUCCUUUGUCCCAACCUACCUGAGCACCAAGGGGAAAUACAUGGUGGCUGUGGAGAUCUUCUCCAUCUUGGCUUCAAGUGCUGGAUUGGUGGGUUACAUCUUCCUCCCCAAAUGCUACAUUAUUGUACUGAGGCCUGAGCUGAACACCAGGGAUCAGCUUGUAAAGAAAAAAAAUAUGGUUCCUGACUGA